CCAGCAGCAGGGAGGAGCUGAGAGAGAGUGUGUGUGUGCGCCGGUGAGGGAGCCUCAGAGCCUGAGAGAAAGCCACAGUGAGCAGCUCUCCUCUGCUCUGCUCUGUGCUGCACGUGUGCUCUCACCCUCCAGCCUGCAGUAGCGCUCCAGCCAGCGCCGCAGUCAGUCAGCCUCUGGAAUCUACGCACAUCUACUCCUCUCCGCUCUGUCACGGACGCUGCGGAACACACCAGACUGCGCUUUUUGCCGUGUUCACCCCGGUGAAUGUGUUGGGGUUUUUUUUGCUGAUGGGAGAGAUACGCUGACACGACACGCCGGGCUGUCACGUUUUUUGGCUUUGCACGCGCGCUGUGGAGAAGCCAGCAGUCAUUUCUCUCUCUCUCUUUCUUUUCCACGCCCGGUGUUUCCCUGCACUGAUGCAGAAGCCGGUUGCGUGGGUUCUCCCAGGGAUGCCUAGCCCUAGCCAAACCCAUCCGCAGGAGUAGCAGAGAACUUGGUGACGGAAACACAAUUCUGAGAGAGGUCGGAGGUCAUCGAGGCAUCCCCCCUCCACCUCCUCCACCCCAUCACCCCCUCGACUGCUGACCCCCCCACCCCUGUCGGUAACCAUGGCGCCACGGAAGAGAGGCGGCGGAGGGCGUGGUGUCUCCUUCAUCUUCUGCUGCUUCCAGAGCAACGACCACCCGGAGAUCACCUACCGGCUACGUGAGGACUUCGCCCUGCAGACCAUGGAGCCUGCGCUGCCCAUGCCCACCUACGACGAACUGGACGGCAUGUUCUCCGAGCUGGUGGAUGAGUUGGACCUCACAGAGAAGCACAGGGAGGCCAUGUUUAACCUUCCGGCGGAGAAGAAAUGGCAGAUCUACUGCAGCAAGAAGAAGGAGCAGGAGGAAAACAAAGGGGCUACCAGCUGGCCUGAGUACUACAUAGACCAGCUGAACUCCAUGGCCGCCAGAAAAACACUCCUGGCUCUGGAGAAGGAGGAUGAGGAGGAGCGAAACAAGACCAUCGAGAGCCUCAAAACAGCCCUCAGAACACAACCAAUGAGGUUUGUGACGCGGUUUAUCGACCUGGACGGCCUCACCUGCAUCCUGAACUUCCUGAAGACGAUGGACUACGAGACCACGGAGUCGCAGAUCCACACCUCGCUCAUAGGCUGCAUCAAGGCACUGAUGAACAACUCGCAGGGCCGCGCCCACGUGCUCUCGCACUCGGAGAGCAUCAACAUCAUCGCUCAGAGCCUGGCCACCGAGAACAUCAAGACCAAGGUGGCCGUCCUGGAGAUCAUGGGCGCAGUGUGCCUGGUGCCCGGAGGCCACAGGAAGAUCCUGGAAGCCAUGCUGCACUACCAGAAGUUUGCCUGCGAGCGGACGCGGUUUCAGACAUUACUAAACGAUCUGGACAGGAGCACAGGCCGGUACAGGGACGAGGUCAGCCUCAAAACAGCAAUCAUGUCCUUCAUUAACGCUAUUCUCAGCCAAGGAGCAGGGGAGACGAGCUUGGAAUUUAGGGUGCAUCUAAGAUACGAGUUCCUAAUGCUGGGUAUCCAACCAAUCAUUGAUAAACUGAGGUCUCACGAUAACGCCACGCUAGACAGGCAUUUAGAUUACUUUGAAAUGCUGAGAAAUGACGACGAGCUUGCUCUCGCAAGACGUUUCGAGUCGGUGCAUAUAGACACGAAGAGUGCCAGCCAGGUGUUCGACCUCAUCCGGAAGAAGAUGAACCACACAGACGCGUACCCGCACUUCAUGUCUGUGCUGCACCACUGUCUCCUCAUGCCUCAUAAAAGGAGUGGGAACACUGUGCAGUACUGGCUCCUCCUUGACCGCAUCGUCCAGCAGAUGGUCCUACAGAAUGACAAAGGUCACGACCCCGACGUGACCCCGCUUGAGAACUUCAACGUGAAGAACGUGGUCCGCAUGCUUGUAAACGAAAACGAGGUCAAACAGUGGAAGGAGCAGGCGGAGAAAAUGCGCAAGGAGCACCACGAGUUACAGCAGAAGCUCGAGAAGAAGGAGCGCGAGUGCGACGCCAAGACUCAAGAGAAGGAUGACAUGAUGCAGACGCUCAACAAGAUGAAGGAGAAGUUGGAGAGGGAGAGCAGCGAGCACAAGUCGGUCAAACAGCAAUUGUCUGAACUCACGGUCCGGCUACACGAACUCAACACGAGGCAGAUUGCCACUGUCCCUGGGGGCCCUCCUCUCAUCCCUGGACCUCCAGGUGGACCCCUGCCCCCUCCUCCGCCCCCGAUGUCCGCCGGUAUGCCCCCACCACCGCCCCCUCCUCCGCCAGGUGGUAUGCCACCUCCCCCACCCCCACCCCCAGGUGGGCCCCCACCACCCCCGGGUCGCCCACCUCUCUGUGGAGCUCCGCCGCCCCCUGGGGCGCCCCUGGGACCCGCUUCGAAUAAGAAGAACAUCCCUCAGCCUUCCAACCCACUCAAGUCCUUCAACUGGUCCAAGCUGGCUGAGAACAAGCUGGAGGGAACGGUGUGGGCAGAGGUUGACGACAACAGAGUUUUCAAGAUCCUUGACCUGGUGGACAUCGAGAAGACUUUCUCUGCUUACCAGAGACAACAGGACUUCUUUAUGGUCAAUAACAACAGACAGAAAGAACUGGAGGACGACUCCCUGAACUUAAAAAAAGUCAAGGAGCUGUCUGUUAUUGAUGGCCGCCGGGCACAGAACUGCAACAUCCUAUUGUCCCGGUUGAAGUUGUCGAACGAGGAGAUUAAGAGAGCCAUCAUGACCAUGGACGAGCAGGAGGAUCUGCCCAAGGACAUGCUAGAGCAGAUGCUGAAGUUUGUCCCGGAGAAGAGUGACGUGGACCUGCUGGAGGAGCACAAACACGAGCUGGACCGCAUGGCCAAGGCUGACCGCUUCCUCUACGAGAUGAGCAGAAUAAACCACUACCAACAGAGACUUCAGUCACUGUACUUCAAAAAGAAAUUUGCCGAAAGGAUCGCUGAGAUCAAACCCAAAGUUGAAGCACUGUCCAAGGCCUCCAAAGAGGUGCUGCACAGCCGGAACCUGAAGCAGCUUCUGGAGGUGGUCCUGGCCUUCGGCAACUACAUGAACAAGGGCCAGCGGGGCAACGCCUACGGCUUCAAAGUGUCAUCGCUCAACAAGAUCGCCGACACCAAGUCCAGCAUCGACAAGAAUGUCACCCUCCUUCAUUACCUGAUCACCAUCUUGGAGAAGAAGUACCCCAAAGUCAUGCACUUCCCCGAGGACCUUCUGAAUGUUCCGGAAGCAGCAAAAGUCAACAUGACGGAACUGGAGAAGGAGAUCAAUAACCUACGCAGCGGCUUGAGAAGUGUGGAAAAUGAGCUGGAGUUCCAGAGGAAGCACCCGCAGGUGUACGGUGACAAGUUUGUGUCUGUAGUCAGCCAGUUCAUCACCGUGGCCAGCUUCGGCUUCUCCGAUGUGGAGGACUCUCUCCACGAGGCCAAAGAGUUUUAUGUUCGGGCAGUGACGCACUUUGGCGAGGAGGAUGGCAAAAUGCAGCCGGAUGAGUUCUUUGGCAUAUUUGACCAGUUCCUGCAGGCCUUCGGUGAGGCGCGGCAGGAGAACGAAAACAUGCGGCGCCGCAAGGAGGAGGAGGAACGCAGGGCACGGAUGGAGGCUCAGAUGAAGGAGCAGCGCGACAAGGAACGGAAGGCACGCAAGGCCAAGGAGAACGGCGAGGACGACGGUGGUGAAUUUGAUGACCUGGUGUCGGCGCUGCGCUCUGGCGAGGUGUUUGACAAGGACUUGUCCAAGAUGAAGCGCAACCGCCGGCGGAUCAACAGCCAGCCAGACACGGGCCGCGAGCGCCCCGUCACCAAACUCAACUUCUAAAUCCCACAAAACUGCACCCACGCUUCAGCCCCACCCCUCCUCCCCUCCUCCAGCUUCUUCCUGCUCAUCGCCACUCCAACCUGCUCCUUGUGUUUUUAUUUGAACAGUGCUGCCACCUUGUGGAGGGCGUUGAAAGCACAUGUUUAAAAUGUGACUCCUUUGGACAGGACGUCUCAGGAUUUCCACUGAAAACAGGGAGUGCUUUGUGUUAGUGCCUGGCCGUGGAGCAGUCAGAGGAUAUAAAUAUAUAUAAAUAUAUUCUCUGGGAGUUAAGUCAGAACUGUUCCAGACUUCACCCUCCGUGACUUUUGGCAGGGUUAGAAAGAAGAAAGAGCUACGGCCAUCUGUUUACAAGAUGGCCGCCGCAGAGGACCUCACCGUUUUUAUUUGAUGCAGGUCUUCCUUCGAGAAGAUUAAGAUUGAUUAUUACCGUGCUGGCGCACCAAGAAGGGCUGCUGGUUUUCUGGCCUGAAGAUAAUGCGGUCAAAUUCGAUUUGACCAGAACACUUAACGGGAGACGUGCAUACACACACAAAUGUUCAUGGAACGUGACUUUUAGGAAGUGGUUUUCUUGUCUGGACCUCAAGGGACAGAGCUGCCGCUAGAACCUUUCCAUUCAAUGGUUUUAUCAGUUGUUCCACUAGAGAACACCGAAUAUAUAUGACUACAAGGAAAGAACGUAACCGUGGCACACUUUAUGCAUCAACCAUUUUUUUUUUGUUACAUACGCUAGUUUUAAGUGUAAACCAAGGAGAGGAAAAACUAUGGAAGCAAGUGCCCACAUCUGGGAUUGACUUUGCAAAAAUGGACCUUUUAUAUAUUGAUUUUGUUUGUUUGUUUGUUUGUUUGUUUGUUUAGUACUAAUGUUAAUGUUAACUAAGGCUCUGGAUUACUGUAGAAUGGACAUAUAAGAGUUGUGUAUGACCCAUCUGGGCUUCCGUCAUUGCUCUGACACUUCACACAUUACUGGACCUAAUUUUUACUGUUGUGUUUUUACGGGGCGUUAUGGCCAAAGUGGGUUCCUGUGGUAAGGACUCUACACAUUCAGUGUUGCCAGAGUCUGUCACACAUGCAAAAGAAAGUAACUGCAAAAUGUAGACUUAUUUAAAGACCGAAUAAGUACAUUAACCAAAUCAAAGCAAUACUCCACUAUCAGUUCUCAUAUCCCACGGUUGCCCCCUUGUCCUUUCAAAUCCGCUGUCUAGUUUAAUUGUGUAAAAAAAAAAAAAAAAAAGGUUUUCUUUAACAAUGUGAGAGAAACUCCAUUGGACUUUUGUAAUUUAAAUGGCCUUCCAUGAUAAAAUGGAUCUGACACAAAUAAACAACAGAAAGCUCAA